GCGUGGUAGGAUCCGCCGCGAUGGAGCAGUUCCUAGUGGAGGUGCCGCUGCGCUUCUCCCGGUUGCCCAUGUUCCCCUUCUUCGACCUGGCGCAUUAUGCGGCCUCCGUGAUGACGCUGAAGGAGCAGCGGGGAGCCGUUGAAGUAUCGAUUCACAGCCCAGUUGCAUGCUGGUUCAGCGCGAUGCUUUACUGCUUUGGAGGGUCCGUUUUAUCUUCCCUGAUGCUAGCAGAACCUCCAGUUGCAUUUCUUGCCAACACCACAAGUGUUCUCCUUGCCUCGUCGGUCUGGUAUCUUGUAUUUUACUGCCCACAUGAUCUAGCCUACCGCUGUUUCUCUUUUCUACCUAUACGACUGGUGGUUGCAGGAAUGAAGGAAGUGACUAAAACAUGGAAAAUAACAGGCGGAAUUGCACAUGCACACAGCCACUACAAAAAUGCCUGGAUGAUCAUGAUAGUAGUUGGCUGGGCCAGAGGAGCUGGUGGCGGUCUAAUAUCCAACUUUGAACAGUUGGUGAGAGGUGUAUGGAAGCCUGAAACUAAUGAACUGCUGAAGAUGUCCUACCCUGUGCAAGCAAGUUUGAUAGGAGCUGUACUUUUCACAAUGCAGCAUGUUGGUUACCUUCCAGUAGCAAAGCAUCAGCUUAUGUUCUUUUACACCGUCUUCUUGGUGAUCACAAAGGCGGCCAUGAUGCUGACGCAACGCGUGACUUCUCCAUUUGCGCCGCUUGAGAUGGUACUGGGCCGCUUCCUCUUUAGUCAGCACCCAGCUAGUUCGAAGGCCCAAGUGCCUUAUAAUGGCACCUCCUCGACCUCUGACCAUGCUACUAACCGAGAAACUGGUGAUGGUGCUAAGAAAAAACUGGCAAAGAAAACGGAAUAAUUGCAUUGCCAAGGGCUGGCUGGGUGGGUGGGUCUAAAAAUGGCUUGUUUGUAUGUGCCCAUAAAUAUUUAAUAUUUCUCUUUCCUAAUGAUGUGAAAUGACAAUUGUGUAUGAGGAAAUUCCUAGCAAGAAGCUAGCUACAAUAGCCUCUGAACUCUGUCAAUGGUAAAAGUUUUCUUGUUCAGUGGAGCUUUUGCAGGCUACAUUGCCCAUGAACUAUUUGUACUGCCUACUACUACUACUGCCGCCAUGUGGCUCUGUGUAGCCUCUGAAGCUUUUUUGGUUUUGUUUUGUAAACUAGAAUUCACAUUUGGAUAAGAUGCAUCAUGUUAGAUUUCUUUUUCUAAUGUAAAUGAUAAGAGAAUAUAUUGCGAUUUUUACUUGUAUGAGAAAUGUUAUGGAGGUGAAAUAGGUUUUCUAGUUAAGAAAACAAAACCCCUAACUUUUAAAAAGCUUGAUUAAAAUAUUUUCUGGCAGCAGCACAAUGCAACAGCCAGACUUGACAAUUUCUGUUAAUUAUAACAUAUUUGGGACAUGGUCCAGCCGUGGUUGGACACUUUCAAAUCCAGUGGGAGAGAUUUAAGCAUGUGUGUUUUGGGACUUCAUCGUGCUUAAUUGUGGCUGAAUUGUACCCUGACAUUUCAUUCUUUAAUAGCAAAGGGUUGCUCUCCCAAUAUUUCAAUACACAAAAGGGUUUAAUCUAGUUGAGCAAUGUGAACACUUUUUUUCAUAAAAAAUGUAAUGUAUUCAGUGAUUGAAAAGAACAGUAAUUAAACUGUGCUAUCAGAUAAAACAAACCAGCUUAGUCUUCCAACAAAACCACUUAAUUCUUGAUACACUGCUACUGAAUUGUCUUGAAGGCACAAAUUUAUAGUGGUUUUCACACUCGGCUUGAGUCACAAGCUAUCUUAUAGGCUUUUUUCACAAAACUUUCAUACCAGGUUUUCAAACUUUUCUACAUGUACUCACUUGAACCACUUGGGAUAUUAAGUGUUUUGUAGCAUGAGCUCCAACUUUUCUUUGCUGGUUUUUUAAAAAAUGGAGCAACGAAACCUGUUGAAAGUGGAAUUCAUAUGGCUUGUGUUUUUGAGCAUGCGUUUUUCAAACAGUACCACUUUUUAAUAAGCCAGGGAUGUAUUGUAGAAAGGACUCAGACCCCCCCUCCAAAAUAUAGCACUUUGGGUAGUUUUCAGUGGUGUAUCAGCACUAGCGCACAUGAUAUUGCAUUAUUAGAAAUCAAUGCUUGCGCAAGGUAGCUAGUACAAUGGGUAAAAGCAGGUAUUUGCUGCUGAAAUUUGCUGCCAAAUAGCUGUUUUCCCCCUGUAGUGCCUGUUAUAUAGUGCAAAAAAAUGGUGCAAUGUCGGUAAUGCUAGUGGGAGCACACUGUUGGAUGCGUACAUGAAAAAUAUAUGUGUGUAUGUGUUAUUUACAGAAAAAAUGCAUUCUAACAAAAUGCAUUUCUUUUCCCCAGAUAAAUUGGCAUCUCAAUGCUAGCUAAAUCUAGGCCGGACUUGCACAACUUUUGGCCCACCAAGUCAAACAUAGUCCAUCAGCCAUGUAUGGUUACUGUCAGGACUCUGCUAAACUACUGUUGCUGCUUGCCUGAGACUACAAAAACCAUGUAGGGCAAGAGCAACAGACUUGUGGUCUUUCAGAUAUUUUAGCCUACAACUCCCAUCAGCUCUAAGCAACAUAGCCAAUGGUGAAGGAUGAUGGGAGUUGAAGGCCGAUUGCCUAGAAAGAAAAACAAGAAGGCACCAAUUGUAGGAUAGUCUCUUUCCAAUCACUUGCUUGGCUUGGUAGGUCAGAAGUAGUGUAGGCCUACUUUAAAAUGUUUCUAUUCUUUAGCUAAGCAUUUCGAAACUUUAAUUAUGAUUUUUGGCUUUUCUUACAUCCAG